AGGCAACCUCCCGCAUCUAGCCUUCGUCCUCUACAAUUCAACCUAGGUCGACUAUUCGCACAAUGGCGCUGUCUAGGCUCUUGACAGCUUCAAUUAUUGGUCUCGCGGCUUCCCUCACCGCUGGCCAGGUUCACGGCGCGAACACCGAAUUCCGGGCAUUCCACAGUGGGGCGACGCGUCCGCUCCGUUCCGAAAGCUCCCCGCCUGCCAUCAUCUCUGUGCCGAUUGAUCACUUCCACAAUGAAUCCAUCUACGCGCCCCAUUCAGCUGAUUCUUUUCAUUUGAGAUACUGGUUCGAUUCUCAGCACUAUCGGGAAGGUGGCCCGGUCAUCAUCCUCGCCUCUGGCGAGACCAGUGGCGAGGACCGGCUCCCGUUUCUAGACCACGGCAUCCUCGCCAUGCUGGCCGAGGCGACGGGCGGCGUUGGCGUUGUACUUGAACAUCGAUACUAUGGCACCAGUUUCCCGGUGCCUGAUCUGCGGGCCGAGAACAUGCGCUUCUUGUCGACCGAGCAAGCGCUCGCCGACACUGCCUACUUUGCCCAGCACGUCCAGUUCCCAGGCCUCGAGCACCUUGACCUCACGUCGUCGAAUGCGCCGUACAUCAUAUACGGCGGAUCCUACGCAGGAGCGUUUGCUGCAUUCGCGAGAAAGGUAUACCCUGAUAUUUUCUGGGGUGCCAUCUCAUCUUCCGGCGUAACCGAGGCCAUCAUCGACUACUGGGAGUACUAUGAGGCGGCCCGGCUAUUUGCCCCUGGCGACUGUGCUGCCACAACACAGAAACUCACCCACUUCGUCGACAAUAUUCUUUUGGGCGACGAUGGCGAUGCGAAACAGCUGCUCAAGGAUGUCUUUGGCCUUGGAGAGCUGCGGGACGAUGACUUUGCGAACGCCAUCAGCCGGGGUAUCACGGGGCUGCAAUCCACGAACUGGGAUCCCGAGGAGGACAGCUCCGACUUUGGAUUCUACUGCGGUAGCGUUUCUUCUGACGAUGUACUCUUUGCCAGCACCCGCUCCCUCGCUCCGACUGUGCACGAUCUUCUCUCCGCGGGAGGAUACAAGGAGCAGGCCGAGUCGUUCACGAAUCGCGUGUUGAACUACAUUGGAUAUAUCAGGUCGCACCUUAGAACUGACCUCAGUACAUAUUGUAAGGGGAAGAGCGUCGAGGAAUGCUAUUCCAGCCGAGGAAAGAACAAUCGCAUCGAUCUUGAUCAGGGAAUGGAGCGGAGUUGGGGCUAUCAGACAUGCACUCAGUGGGGAUACUUCCAAACCGGAUCUGGAGUUCCGAAAGGUCAACUCCCUCUCGUCUCUCGCCUGAUUGACCUCGAGUAUACCACCAUUCACUGCCGCGAGGGGUUCAACAUCACGACGCCGCCGAACGUUGAGUCAAUCAAUAAGCUCGGCGGCCUCAACUUCAGCUAUCCCAGAGUGGCCUUUGUCGAUGGAGCUGUGGACCCGUGGCGGGCAGCUACACCCCAUCGCAUUGGUCUCCCAGAGAGGGCGUCGACUGUGAGUGAGCCCUUCAUCCUUAUCGAGCAUGGUGUCCACCAUUGGGAUGAGAAUGGCCUGAAACCAAAUGAUACCGCGAUAGGAUUGCCUCCGCCGAGUGUAGCAAAGGCGCAGGAGCAGGAAAUUGCGUUUGUCAAGGCGUGGCUGGAGGAGUGGACAGAACUUAGGAAGGAUCACGGGGAUUUGCCUGGAGAAUUGUAGACUGAUUCCACAUUGCCUUUAAUUGAAGAUAUUAAAUU